ACAGGGAGAAGAGCAAGAGAGGCUCUGGGUAAAUAAUGCAGAGAAAGCUGCUGAUUGGCUUCGGGAGGCGGACACUUUGUCUACAUAAAUGGCAAUCGCAUCCUCUGUGCCUUUUAACUGUCACCAAGGAGAGAGAGAGCAAGCAAGGGAGCGAAUAGAGAGGAGGCGACUCCAGCUGCCUUUUUCCACAUGGAUUCAAGUGAAUUCCGAAGGAGAGGGAAGGAGAUGGUGGAUUAUAUAGCUGACUAUCUGGAAGGCAUUGAGGGACGCCCUGUGUAUCCUGAUGUGGAGCCCGGCUACCUUAGACCCCUGAUCCCCACCGCUGCCCCCCAGGAACCAGAAGCAUAUGAAGACAUAAUCAAAGACAUUGAGAAGAUAAUUAUGCCAGGGGUAACACACUGGCACAGUCCCUAUUUCUUCGCUUACUUCCCCACGGCUAGCUCGUACCCAGCCAUGCUGGCAGAUAUGCUGUGUGGGGCUAUUGGCUGCAUUGGCUUCACCUGGGCUGCGAGCCCAGCCUGCACAGAGCUGGAGACAGUGAUGAUGGAUUGGCUGGGGAAGAUGUUGCAGUUGCCAGAGGCCUUUUUGGCUGGAAGAGCUGGUGAAGGGGGAGGAGUGAUCCAGGGGAGUGCCAGUGAAGCCACCUUGGUGGCCCUACUGGCUGCUCGAACUAAAGCGAUCCGCCAGCUGCAGGCAGCCUCCCCAGGGUUGACACAAGCUGCUAUCAUGGAAAAGCUGGUCGCUUAUACAUCAGAUCAGGCACACUCCUCUGUAGAAAGAGCUGGACUAAUUGGUGGAGUAAAGUUAAAAACAAUUCCUUCGGAUGGCAACUUUUCCAUGAGAGCUUCUGCCCUUCAGGAGGCCCUGGAGCAAGACAAGGCAGCAGGCCUGAUUCCAUUCUUUGUGGUUGUUACACUGGGAACCACAUCUUGCUGCUCUUUUGACAAUCUCCUAGAAGUGGGCCCCAUCUGCAACCUGGAGGGAGUGUGGCUGCACAUUGACGCCGCAUAUGCAGGCAGUGCCUUUAUCUGUCCUGAGUUCAGGUAUCUUCUGAAUGGUGUGGAGUUUGCAGAUUCCUUUAACUUUAAUCCCCACAAGUGGCUUUUGGUGAAUUUUGACUGCUCUGCCAUGUGGGUGAAAAAGAGAACCGACUUAACAGGAGCCUUUAAAUUGGACCCUGUCUAUCUGAAGCACAAUCACCAGGACUCGGGGCUCAUCACUGACUACAGGCACUGGCAGAUCCCACUGGGGCGGAGAUUUCGCUCUUUGAAAAUGUGGUUUGUUUUCAGAAUGUACGGAGUCAAGGGACUGCAGGCUUACAUCCGCAAGCACGUGGCACUGUCUCAUGAGUUUGAGUCUCUGGUACGCCAGGACCCUCGCUUUGAGAUCUGCACGGAAGUCAUUCUUGGGCUGGUCUGCUUUCGGCUCAAGGGCUCCAACCAGCUGAAUGAAACUCUUUUACAAAGAAUAAACAGCACCAAAAAAAUCCACUUGGUUCCGUGUCAUCUGCGAGACAAGUUCGUGCUGCGCUUUGCUGUAUGCUCUCGCACUGUGGAGUCUGCCCACGUGCAGCUGGCCUGGGAGCACAUCAGAGAGCUGGCAAGCAGCGUGCUGAGAGCCGAGAAGCAGUGAAAGCAGGACUCCCUCAGAGAUCAAAAGUUGAAAAGAAGUAUACCUGCAAACUGGAAUGAGAGAAAAAUAAUCACCACCCUGUCUGCGUGAAAUCAUGCUUAUAUGUGGCCUUGUGUCUCCAAAACUAACCAGAAAUCUGUGAUCGGCCUUUCAGUGACCUGUCAGUGAAGAAAUAUUUUCUGUUUUAUCUAGGAAGAAAUGUUUUCUGUGUGCAAAGCUGAUGCCAGUGGCUAUAGCUUUUGUUCUUUAUUUGGCUGUGGUUUUUGUUGAUAAUAAGAUAUCUUUGUGCUCCUGAAGCCAUUGGUGGCAGGAAAGUCUUGCUUUAGUUUUGAGGGCAGUCUUUGGUUUUACCUCAGACUAUUUCUAUGGCCGUUAGCUUGUCCUGUGUGGCUCAACCCUUAAUAAACAAUUGAUGUGCAAUACUAACUGUGUUGAGUAAGCAUCUUGUUUAACAAUGUUUCAGAUUUAUUCUUGUGAACUUGACUUACCCUUUCAAGCAUGCCACCCUUGUUAAUGUUCAUUUAGUCAUCGUGUUUAAUAAAAGCCUGGUAUGUAUCA